AUGGAGUCUGGUGCGAUCGUUAGCCGAUGGAAGAGGAAGGUCUUGGAAGUUGCCUGUGCCGUUGGCAAUGUGGACAUCGCCAGGGCUGUGCUAGAAUCAGGUGUCGAGAUCUCUGCUGCGGAUAGCGCGGGCUGGACGCCAAUAUACACGGCUGCUCGAAACGGUCACUGGGAAGUCCUCGGAUUGCUCGUGGAGACCGGAGGCGACAUCACGAUCUCGGACAACGAUGGACGAACGCCCUUGUACGUCACCGCGUUUCAUGGGCAUGUUAAAGAGGCCGAACUGCUUCUUGGGCGCGGAGCCGACCUGUCGGUUGCAAACAAAUUUGGCACGACGCCGUUAGGCCUCGCGGCCUAUGAGGGACAUUUUGAACUAGCCAAGGUAUUUAUCGAGAAUGGGGCCAACAUUGAGGAAGCCGAUGAGAACGGCUGGACACCAUUGAUUUCGGCGUCUUCCUCGGGGUAUGUUAAUAUCGUCAAGUUACUCAUCGAUCGUGGCGCCAAAAUUACAGUCUCAACGAACAGUGGAUGGACACCACUACUCUCAGCGUCCGACACGGGUCAUGUCGACGUAGUUGAAGUCCUUCUCAACCGCGGGGCAGAUAUUACAACUACUGACGACGAUGGAUGGACACCAUUGUAUGCGGCCUCCGUCCAUGGACACCACCAUAUUGUCAGAAUUCUCCUCGAGCAUGGCGCCAAUCCUAAUUCAAGAACUAUUGAUGGGUGGACUCCGUUAUAUGGGGCAUCGUCUGAGGGUCAUAUUGACGCAGCUAGGGAGCUCCUUGCCAAAGGAGCCGAGAUCACAAUAUCGACCGAUGAGGGAAACUCGCCACUGGGUUUGGCUUCCUUCAGCGGACAUGUCGCAGUGGUUCAACUCCUUGUCGAGAAUGGGGUUGAUCCCAAUCAUAGAGACAAAGACGGCUGGACGCCUUUGAAUCUAGCUUCAAGUCGGGGACAUGCCAAUGUUAUUGGUGUGCUUCUUGCGAACGGAGCCGAUCCUACAACCCCGAACAAUUUAGGCGCGACACCCCUUUAUGUGGCGACCCGCAACGGAUACUUAGAAGCUGCGAAGAUACUUCUCAAGAAUGGAGCAGAUCUGUCGCGACCCACCAACGAUACAUCUGGAAAUACUCCAUUAAUUGGGAGCGCACUUCACGGCGACGUAGAGGUGGCUCAGUUACUUCUCCGACACGGGGCUGAUAUUGCAGCAGCAAAUAGUAGCGGACAAACUGCGCUCCAAGAAUCGUGUCGCAACGGGCACAUUGGAGUCGCCAAGCUCCUUCUACAGAAUGGAGCCGAUGCCAAUGGUGUGGACGCAUUUAGAGAAACGCCGCUUGUUUCUGCAGCGAACAAUGGACACGAUGAGGUAGUCCGACUGCUCAUUGACAAUGGGGCAGACUGCUGGAACCGGACUCAACAUGGAUGGGCUGCAUUGCAUUGUGCUUCCUCCCGUGGGCAUCCUGAGGUUGUCAAAACGCUCCUUGGUGUAGAGGCCGAUAUCGAUGAGCAGACUGAAAGUGAGCUGUGGACACCGCUACACUUAGCAAGCAGUAAUGGGCAUAUCAGUGUAGUGAAGGCCCUGCUUGACAACGGUGCUAAAACCGCAAUCACAAACCAGCAUGGGAGGUCGCCGCUGCACUCGGCAUCGGUACAUGGGCACGCUGAUGUAGUUGAGGCAUUGCUCGCGCACCAUGCCGAUGCGUCAGUGUCGGAUAACUACGGACGUGUGCCCCUAGUCCUCGCGUCUGAGUUUGGGCAUAUUGGGGUCACUCGGGUUCUGCUUAAGCAUGGUGUUAAUGUUGCCUUGGCUGAUAAAGACGGCACGUCCCCGGUAAUUGCCGCGAGCCGCACUGGUCAUUCGGGGCUGGUACGAUUCCUCCUUGCUACCGGGUUUAGUGCUAUGGAUGCAGAUCAAAAUGGGCUGACGGCACUGAACACUGCCGUGGCGAACGGGAAUAUUGAGGUGAUCAAGGUGUUGCUCGAGAAUGGCAUCCCGAUGACACAAAAUAAGCUUGGGCAUACACCACUUCAUAUCGCCGCAGCGUGUGGGAAGACAGAGGCGGCCAGGCUUCUACUCGAAAAUGGGGCAGACAUAUUAGCAGCAGACAAUGAUGGAAUAACGUCGCUACAUGUUGCCUCCCAGAUGGGACACAUUCCUGUGCUCGAGUUGCUGCUGGGAAGCGGUGCUUCCAUGACUCCAAGUACAGCUGGGCUAACACCAAUUCAUUUUGCUUCAGUCAAUGGGCGAGUUGAGGCGGUCAAAGCGCUCAUUGAACACGGAGCAGACCUAUCGGCCACUGAAAAGUCUGGCCUCACACCUUUACAUGCUGCUUCGGAGAAAGGAGAUGUCGAGGUAAUAGCAGCACUUCUCGAGCAUGGCGCCGAUAUAGCGGCCGUGGGAAUUGAGGGGUCGACAGUGGCACACUCGGCUGCUCUUGGUGGUAAUAUCAAGGCGAUACAGUUGCUUCUUGAUAAUGGAGCCAGUGCUGGCCCCAUGAAUGCGUACGGCUCGACACCCACAUUCCUGGCAUCGAUUGGGGGGCAUUCCGAAGUAAUCAAACUACUUCUUCGCCAUGGAGCGGAUGCAAGCCUUCAGAACCACCAAGGAAUGGCACCAUUACACAUCGCUGCUGAUCAGGGACACCUGGAGGCGGUUAGGGAACUUAUUAAGGGCAGCGCUGACGUCGCAGCCGCCGAUGAACUUGGAAGAACGCCCCUCUUUCUCGCUUCAUUCUCCGGGAGAACUGAAGCGGCGAAGGAGCUCUUGGCCCAUGGAGCUGACGUUUCAACCAGGAAUAACAGAGGGAUAGCUCCUAUACUUGCAGCAUCAGAGAAGGGACACAUCGAGGUGGUCCGGCUGCUACUUGAGCACGGAUCCAACUUGGCAGUUGCAGAACCGAAAUUCGGAAUGACACCACUGGCUGUGGCUGCCUGCGAAGGAAAUAUCGAGCUGGUGAAGCUGCUCGUUGAGAAGCAGGCUGAUCCCAUGAUUGCACGAAACGAUGGGAGGCGACCGAUAGACCCAUUCCUCUUCACCGCCUACUUCGUGCAAGCCAGCCAGGAGAACAACCUUAAGGGACUAGGAAGUGGCCGCUCAGCAUCCCCUUUGGUUGGAAAGGAUGAAGAUUGGUCGGAUGCGCCAUUGCGGCCUAUCGAUCAUCAGAGCCUCGCAGCUGCCAUAUCUAUGGGGCACACACGCUCGAACUCGAACUCGAGCUUGAACUCUAUGGAAAGUGAAUCGCCUCCAUUAGAGGCUAGUUCUGAGGAUAAGGAUGAGCUUUGCCCUGAGGAAAGUGGGCUUUGUGAUGUGUGCCAUUCCAUUUUUCAGAAUGGAACUGGUAGAGUAGUCUUCGACAUGUUCUCUAUGAUGCGGGGGUUGAUACCAGUCGUAAUGGGGGGGGAUACGCUAGGCGAACCACAGCCAUUACCGCAUCCUCAGCCACACAUGCAGUCGUACCAGUUCAUUCACCACCCUACAGUAAAUAGCCUCUUCUCUGCAGCUCUCCAGGGAUGUUAUAUCUGCAGUUCCGUUUGGGAUCGGUUGGAUCGCCGCAUGCGCCAGACCUUACUGGAUAAGUAUUCUACUUCACCGGAGUCUGAAUCCACCCCGCUGUUUCUCACAUUUUGCGUUCUCGUUGACGUGUAUGAUAUAUUGCGGAACCACAUGAAGCCAGAUGAUCUAGACCCCAAUAUUCAGCUCUGGGGAGUCUGCUUCCAUCCUGAGAUCAUGAAAAUGCUGAACCAUAGUUCCGACGACAUAUCAUUCUUCAGAUUUAUACCCCCGCAAGAAGCUAAAGGGUUUGGCUUUUUAGGAAAUUUGUCUUCCACCACCGGCUCCGCCGAAUCUCUAGACUUUACGGCCGGCCAAUUCCAAAACUGCCUACAUAAUCACAAAGAAUGCAAAGUUUCAAGAGACAAUAGUUGGCUUCCUUCGCGAUUGAUAUGUCUCGAUGGUACGGAAGAGGAUCAAAGUGUCCGCUUGGUCUUGUCUCGGGACUUACGUCCCGAACCCUACUGCACCCUAAGCCACCGCUGGGGCUCAGCUGAGUUCCUCAAGCUAACUAAAGAUAAUCUCGACAGCUUCUCUCGCAAAAUCCCGAUCUCAGACUUACCUAAAACGUUUCGGGAGAGCAUUCUCGUUUCACGCAAGCUAGGAGUCCGGUAUAUAUGGAUCGACUCACUCUGCAUCAUCCAAGAUGACCCCGAUGACUGGUUCAAUGAGGCGUCCCAGAUGUACAAGGUAUAUUCGAACUCGAUGUUUAACAUCUGCGCCACGGCCGCCAUGGACUCAUCACAAGGUCUCUUUGCUUCACGGGAUCCUGCGCGGCUCCGGUCCUGUGAGGCCAAUAUCCCUUGGUUUCGAGAUGGUGGAACCUUUCAGAUCUUGGAUGUGCACAUGUGGGACAACCAAGUACUUAAUGCACCCCUAAACAGGAGAGCCUGGGCCAUCCAAGAGCGCCUGCUCUCACCAAGGCAUGUCCAUUUUGGUGCCACUCAAAUCUUCUGGGAGUGCCUUGAAACCACAGUAGCGGAACAGUUCCCACACAGCAUACCUGAGGCAAUACCGCUCAUGGGCAAGUCGUCACGUCGCCAACUUCAUCAAUCCAGAUACGACCUGCAGGACGAGCAGCAAUCAAAGGCACUGCGGUCGGGUUGGAUAGAGAUUGUCCAACGCUAUACCAGGGCCAAACUUUCGCACCCGGAGGACCGAAUUAUUGCAUUUUCGGGUAUCACAAGGAAAUUUGAGGCUGUGUUGAGCAAUACAUGCGACGCUGGGCUCUGGACGGAUCAUAUCCUGCGUGACAUUCUGUGGUAUGUCGAGGGCUGUUGUCAGGGAGAUGGAACCCCAUCUGAGCGCCCUGAAGCCUAUCGUGCUCCGUCAUUUUCGUGGAUGGCCGUCGAAGGGGCCAUAAGCCUGGAUUCUCAGACAGAGAUCACCGGCUCGCUCGCCCAGGUCUUGACCGUGACAAUCGAGAAAUCAAAAGGCUGCAUCACAGGUGGCACUUUAAGAUUGCAAGGUAUAAUCAAGCCUUUGCGACUCCAUCGAUUCAAGGGAAUCGGCGGAGUGAGAUGGGUGCCAAAGUUCCGCCACGGAAAGCAUCAUUUGGGGUGGGCGAUGUCGAUGACCUCGGCCGUGUACAUGGAUGUUGACCAGGACUAUGACGAUGCUUAUUACUGCAUUCUCCUUACGAGCAAAUUCAUGGGGACCUCCACCGUUGCUGGGCUUGUUUUACGAGAGACAGGCAGGGUGAGAGGGGAAUUCACGCGGAUUGGAUGGCUUCAAUGCAUGGGAGAGGAUAAGGAGUUUCUGACGGCUCCCUACGACGAUGAGGAUUGCUAUCCUUGUGAGUCAUAUGAUUAUGUGCACAAGAAGCAUACGAUAGCUAUUGUCUAG